UUUAUAUUUGAUAUGAUAGCGUGGAAUACGUCACAUUGACAGUUUUCAUCAAUCAUAUAUCAUCAAAAUUCACAGUUUUUCAUGAAUAUUAAAAAAGGAAAUGAUUAACAUCUAUAGAGCCAUUCAAAAUUCACAGUCUUUCAUCUGGAAUGGCUUCUUUCAUUCAGUAAGAUUACUAAAAUAUUCAUCAUCAUCAUGCAAGAAACUACCACCCAUUGCAUCAGUAAUCCAUAAAUCACAAACAUCAAACAUCCGGAAUACCCUGAAUCCUUCUUUACUGACAUGCAUGAAGUUCAAGAAUACACCUAGCUUGACAAUCAGCAGAAAAAUUCACUUGACUAGAAGUAUUUCAGUUCCUAGGACCCCUGAUCUAAUUUAUUUCCCAGAUGUUCUCAGAUGGUUGAAAACGAAAGUUAAGUUCAAAUAUCUACGUAAUGUCUGGGAUCCUUCUUUCUCGGAAGGUGCAUUCAUAUACGGUUCUACCCACGCCAUUUGUAGAAUAACAGAAAUAAUCAACAAUAACAAAGUAGCAGAAUUCGAAGGUCUUCUCACAGCACCAGCGAGGAUCAAAUUGAUAGAAGACAUGACGAAGAAGUUAACUAGAACCCAACGAGAGAUAAUUAGAUUACAUCCUCGAGAUAUAAAGAUUCUGGUACCAAUGUCUGUUGAUUUGAGUAAAACCGGCUUGGGAAAGGAGUGUAAGGUUUUGAUGAGAGUCCUUGCACUAAAAUGGUUUCCACAAAGGAGUGGGUACUUACGUCUUGUUCUUGUGGCUCUACAAUCUGAAUUCACUAAAGACUACACUCAUGGCAUUGAUCAGGAUUGGAAUAUAAGUAGUUUUGAUGUUAUGGAAUGUACAGUUUUAACUGAAACUCCUUCGAAUACUCUCUAAGCACCAAGAAUUAUAGUAACGUGAAUAUCAAGCUGAAGAUUAUAUUGCAAUAGGGUAGCACAAACAUGUACUUUGAAUAAAAACAACAUAUAUUCAGAAA